AUGUCUUAAGGGAAAAUUAUUGUCCUUUUAGUUGUUUGUUCCGGAAAGGAAGAUAAAGCGUGUGAAACGGUAACCAUCUUUGCGCUGUUGCAGCCAUUUUUAACAUAUUUUAAACGGAAUUGCUGUUUUUUAAGUUGGAGUCGGUAGCUUGGCCUAGCUAGAGCAUAAAUGAUGAUGCCUCUUAACUUGGGCUCUCUACCGACAAGUGUGGGUGUAGUAAUGGAAGUGAAAAUGAAUUCAAAGGGCGGCAGUGAUCGUCAUAAGGCGUUGGUGGCUGGUAGCGGUGGUGAGUUUCCUUCAUUCCUUCCAAAAGAGGUAGAGAAAAUCAAAGACCCUUUUGCUAGAUCUUUGGCUAAGAGAAUACAGAGGCUCCCUGUCCAGAUGGGUUUUCCAGAGAAAUGUAUUAUGAGUAGUUGUAUUAAACCAGUAAUACAAAGUAAACACAGUCCAGUGGUCCUGCUUCAUUGCUUUGACAGCUCCUGUUUAGAGUGGAGAUGCUCAUACCCUUUGCUUGAGGAAGCUGGUUUGGAGGCUUGGGCUGUUGAUGUUCUUGGAUGGGGCUUUUCUGAUUUAGAAAUGCGUCCACCAUGUGAUGUAGCAUCUAAGCGUUAUCACCUCUAUCAGCUGUGGAAGUCCUACAUCAAAAGACCAAUGAUAUUAGUUGGACCAAGCCUUGGCGCUUCUGUUGCAAUGGAUUUUACGGUCAAUUAUCCGGAAGCUGUUGAAAAGCUGAUUCUCAUCAAUCCAAAUGCGUAUGCUGAAGGCACAAGACGCCUAGCAAAGUUACCACCAGUAAUAGCCUAUGCAGGGGUUUCUUUGUUGAAGAGCAUUCCGCUUCGCCUUUAUGCAAAUGCAUUGGCCUUCAAUGGCACUUCAUUCCAUACAAUUUUAGAUUGGACUAAUGUUGGCCGAUUACACUGUAUGCUGCCAUGGUGGAAGGAUGCAACUGUUAGUUUUAUGUCUAGUGGAGGAUAUAAUGUUGGUUCCCUAAUAAAACAGGUAAAACAGAGAACACUUAUCAUCUGUGGUGAAAAUGAUCAGAUUGUCAACUACAAGCUCGCAGUGAAGCUACAUUGUGAACUACCAAAUGCAAUUAUGCGACAAGUAGCAGACUCUGGUCAUCUUCCUCAUGUCGAUAAACCCAAUUGUGUGGCAAAUUUGAUUGCAGGUUUUGCUCUCUGUGACCAACCGUCUAAAGGGCUUUUGAUUAAAAAAUAAAAUAUUAUAAAUUGUAAUUAAUAUGUUCAUUUUGACCCUAUGCUGUUACAGUAAUUUUUAAAGCUAAUAAAGUUUUAAAUUUAAAUUUCA